AUGGUGCCCAGCGUUACGACAGCGACUGACCGUGGCCAUUACCAAGCGAUAAAAAGUCACCUUAAUCACAAUAAUAAUUGUAAUAUUAAUAAUAAAUCACCUUACCGCAUUCAACGGCACCGCAAACACCUGCGCCAACUGACACGCCUGACUCAGUUGUGCCGUCGACUGGAGGCCUAUCGGCAACGGGUGACUCAUCACCACAUAAUUAUGACCUCAACUGUUGGCAACACUACUCGAGCCAUAACCACAACCGCCGGUACGCCUAUUGAGGCCAAAGUGUGCAAAAUUAGUGUCAAUAAUAGCGUCAUUAAUAAUUACAAUACGAGUGACAGCAGUAAUAAUCGCGAACUCAAGUCACAGUUGAAGUGUUUUUGGCCGAAAUGCGAGUUCAAGACCAGAGCGCGCGACUCACUUAAGCAACACUAUUCGGUACACUAUAAGUGCAAACAGUUUUGCUGCACUGUCAAGGGCUGCGACAAAGUGUUCAAGUAUAAAACCAACCUGGUCAAACACCGGGCCAGUCAUCGGUCACCAGCCGGCAAACCACUUGGUAAAGCACGUGGUAAUAGUGCCAACGCAAACGCACGCAACGUUAUGUCGGACGCCGACGGUAUCGUUCACCGGGACGUCGCCGACGGGCCAGAGUCUAGUAAUGAUAGCAAUGUGUUUAAUAGUAAUAAUAGUAAUACAAACAGUAAUAACGAGUGCCAUAAACACCACAUACCGUCGUCGCUGGCGUUACACGCGCUGCACAGCGCCGACAGCCGUAGCAACAGUAGUGACAGUGUGUUCGCCGUGAAGUCCGACUCCGGGGGCGCCACCGGCGCAGGGGGUGGAGGUGUGACCGCCCAUAAGAGUCCGGCCGUUAAUCGGUGGGCAGCGGCCGGUAUUGGCACAGCCGUAGGUGCGAACCGCACCACCGCUACCCUAACCCCUACCGUCACAAACACUACUAAUGCUGUAACACUGCGGGCGAACGGCCAGUCGUCGGCGGUGCCGGUGGUGGUCACCGGUAGGACACGCGGCGGUGACAGUAAGUUCCGGUGCGAGUACACCGGGUGUGGCAAACUGUUUGGGCUGAAAACGCAGCUCAUCCAACACAAGUCGGUGGUGCACCUGAAUCAGACACUCUACUCGUGCGACUACCCGGCCUGUGACCAGAUGUUCAACAAGAAGGUGAAUCUCAAGCGCCACAAGAAUACCGUACACUUGGGUUUGAAACCGUUUUCGUGCGAUUACCAGAAUUGUGGCAAAAAGUUUACCCAAAAAACACAUUUACUGCAACACCGCCGACGACAGCACCUGGACUUUGGCCCAUCGCAGCCCCCAAAGCGGUUUAAAUGCUAUUAUCAUAUGUGCAACAAGUCUUAUGACAGUAUUUAUGACCUCAAGACCCAUGUGGUGGCCGCCCAUAUAGCCAGUAGUGCUGGCGCUGCGGCCCCUGUGAUGGCCAGUGGGGCUGAAGGGGUGGCCGCGCCUGUAGUCGACGAUAAGGCUCUGACCACGUGUUCCGAACAGAAUUGUAAUAAAAGUUUUAAGACAUUUUUCAAUCUCUAUUUUCACCGCAAGACUGAGCAUCAGUUUAUCGGUUGA